UGAGCUCGUCUAACCAGACAGGAAUGUUACACACCUGGAGGCCACACUGAGUUCAGACACUGUGUGAAACAUUUCCCGUACAGCUUUGUCCAAGUCAGACGGUCCAGAUCAGAUCAGAUGGCGCGGAAAAAAACUGCCACCGUCAACUCCCGAGGCGCCACCAGGCGGCGAUACUGGUGGCAGCUGAGGCAGCAGUGGAGGAUGCUCGGUGUGUUUGAGAUCGACACCGAGCACGAGUUCUACCACCUGACGACCACCAUGAAGGAAGGACUGCAAACUGCGAUUGAGGCCUCGAUGGACACACCUGUGCCUGAGGACACACUCACAGCUGAACAUUUCAAAGCAGUGGAAACUCAAAGGCAUCAGGGCUUUGAGAUUGAGACGUUUGCCGCUCCAGUGUUUGCUAAACUGAGAAGUUCUCUGGACAUGACUGAGCGUGAAUACGUGAACUCUCUGUGCUCAGGCGGAAACUACCUGCAGUUUGUCAGCAACUCCAAGAGCAAGGCGGAUUUCUUUGUCACGAACGACAAGAGGUUCUUCCUGAAGACCCAGAGCAGACGUGAGGUCCAGUUCCUCCUGUCCAACCUGCAGGCCUACAUGGACCACCUGGAGAAAAACCCUCACUCCCUGAUGGUCAGAUUUCUCGGUGUUCACAGGAUUAUUAUUCCACAUCAAUUUAAGAAAUACUUCAUUGUGAUGCAGAGUGUGUUUUAUCCCGAUGAGAGGAUUAAUAUCAGGUACGACGUUAAAGGCUGUGAGGUCGGCAGGUGGACCAAUCCUGACACGGACGGCAAGCAAAUCAUUAAAGUGCUGAAGGACAAUAACUUUGAGGGACAGUUCAUCACAUUAGGGCCAGAGAAACCGUGGUUUGUGGAUCAAGUGAAACUGGACGCGGCCUUUCUUAAGGAGCUGAACGUUCUGGACUACAGUCUCCUGCUCGCCCAUCAACCUCUGCACCGAGACGAGCUCAGAGGAAAGCGCUCAUUGGCCAAUUUUGUUGUUCGUGCCACAAAAUCUUUGGACAUGGACGUCAGUCCCACUGAGUCUCAACCUCCCACUUUUCCAUUACUGAGGGAUGAGGAGCAGCAGGAGCAGCAGGAGCAGCAAGAGCAGCAGGAGGAGACAGACUCUCCAGACUGUGUCUCUGAAGGGAUCCAGCUCCAGGAGAUGAACGGCAGAACCGAUUCGCCGCUGCAGGAGUUCCACGAGCAUCACCACAGGCUCCUGCCCAACUGCAAGAACGCCGUCCACGUCAUCGACGGCCCGGAGCGACGAUACUUUGUGGGAAUCAUAGACAUUUUCACCGUCUACAACUGGAAGAAGAAGCUGGAGAAUGUGUGGAAAAACCUCCGUUUCCCGGGGAGAGACUUUUCCACCGUCAGACCUGACAAAUACUCCAGCAGGUUCUGUCAAUGGAUACAGAACCGCACCAAAUAACAACAAUCAGCACCAAAUAAGACGUUAAAAUUCAAAUGUUUUAAUAUAACUACUGUCUAAAUUAAAUAAA